AUGUUCUUCUCUGGUGGGCAAUAUAGCCAUGCUGGCCGACCUGAAGAACUUUUGCUGGUGUUCAAGAUAUUCCUUGUCAUUUAUCUUCAUGUUGUCCUGGUUACUUCCCUGGAUGCUGAAUCACCUCUGUUCGGUUUUAUCUCCUUCUCCAAUGGUACUCCAGAGGUUGAAACUACAAGCCUCAAUGAUGCUACUUCAAGUGUUUUAUCCACUUUAAACAAAACAGAAAAAACUAAAAUCACUAUAUUAAAAACCUUCAAUGCAUCAGGAGCCAAACCUCAGAGAAAUAUAUGCAAUUUGUCAUCUAUUUGCAAUGACUCAGCAUUUUUUAGAGGUGAGAUAAUGUUUCAGCAUCACGAAGGAAGCAAUGCUACCCAGAAUCAAGAUACGGCUAAUGGCACCUUUAAUGGAAUCCUGUCUCUAAGUGAACUGAAACGAUCAGAACUCAACAAAACCUUGCAGACCUUUAGUGAGACAUAUUUUAUAGUGUGUGCUACAGCAGAAGCCCAGAGCACAAUAAAUUGUACAUUCACAGUAAAACUGAAUGAGACGAUGAAUGUAUGUGAUCUCAUGAAUUAUUUGAAAAUAGUAAAGAUUCGACAAAUGGAAAAGUGCUGCUGUUCUCCCAGGACCCUCUGCCCCUCAUCCCCAGAAGAGUUAGAAAAACUACAGUGUGAAAUGCAGAAUCCUGUCUUCUGUCUUGCUGGAUCUCUAGAUGGCCCACCAUUUUUUUCUUCCAACAAAUCUGUCCCAGUUGCUUCUCAGACCACGAGUCUAUCCCAAGUCUCCAGUACCGUGUCUUUUGCUGAGCCCCUAAAUCAUUCACUGUCUCCAACCAGAAAGAUUCACCUCCUCUCUUCCCAGCCCUCAGCUCCCAUAGCUCCCAGCUCUACUAUUGAUGUGCCCCCCCACUCUGGAGCCAUCUCUUCUUCUAUACCCCAAACCAGUUUUUCUUCCACUCUGCUGCCUGUGAAAUCCUCACUUACUUCGCCUACCACAACUGUUCCUAAGAAUGUCACCACAACCAGCUCAUCUUCUGAACAUAGCGAAAUUGUCAACACUAGCAGUGCCAAUGCCACUGAACUUGAGAAUCAAGUGUCCCAGAUGGAGAAGACUCUGGCCUUAGGCAGCUUGGAGCCUAACCUUGCAGAAAAAAUGAUAAACCAAGUUAGCAAACUCCUUCGUUCCCCACCUGCCUUGCUGGCCCCUCUGACUCAAAGAUUGCUGAAAGUGGUGGAUGACAUUGGCUUACAACUGAAUUUUUCAAACAAGACCAUAAGUCUAACCUCCCCUUCUUUGGCUCUGGCUGUGAUCAGAGUAAAUGCCAGUGAUUUCAACACAACAACCUUUGCAGCCCAAGACGCUAACAAUCUUCAGGUUUCCUUGGAAAUGAAAGCUCCUAAGCACAGCAUUGGCGUGAUUACUCUCCCUUCUUCACUGAUGAGUAAUCUGCCAGCUGAUGAUGUGCAACUUGCUUCCAGACUUCAGUUCAACUUUUUUGAAACGCCCGCCCUGUUUCAGGACCCUUACCUGGAGAACCUCUCUCUGAUCAGCUAUGUCAUAUCCUCAAGUGUUGCUAAUCUGACCAUCACAAACUUGACAAGAAACGUGACAGUCACAUUAAAGCACAUGAAUCCAAACCAGAAUGAGUUGACAGUGAGAUGUGUAUUUUGGGACUUGAGUGGAAACGGGGGCAGAGGAGGCUGGUCAUCCGAUGGCUGCUCUGUCCAAGACAAGAAGUUGGAUGAAACCAUCUGUACCUGCAACCACCUUACAAGCUUCGGUGUCCUAUUGGACCUAUCUCGAACAUCAGUACCACCUGCGCAGAUGAUGGCUCUGACGUUUAUCACCUAUAUUGGUUGUGGGCUUUCAUCAAUUUUUCUGUCUGUUACUCUUGUAACCUACAUAGCCUUUGAAAAGAUCCGGAGGGAUUACCCUUCCAAAAUCCUCAUCCAACUGUGUGCUGCUCUGCUCCUACUAAACCUGGUGUUCCUUCUGGACUCGUGGAUUGCUCUAUAUAGCAUGCCAGGCCUCUGCAUCUCAGUGGCUGCAUUUCUUCAUUAUUUCCUCUUGGUCUCAUUCACAUGGAUGGGCCUGGAAGCAUUCCAUAUGUACCUGGCCCUCGUCAAAGUAUUUAAUACUUAUAUCCGAAAAUACAUUCUUAAAUUCUGCAUCAUCGGCUGGGGACUUCCAGCUGUGGUUGUAGCUAUCAUUCUGGUCAUAUCCCCAUAUAACUAUGGGCUUGGAUCCUAUGGGAAAUUCUCCAAUGGCUCACCGGAUGACUUUUGCUGGAUCAACAGCAAUAUGGUCUUCUAUAUUACAGUCGUGGGAUAUUUCUGUGUGAUAUUUUUGCUGAAUGUCAGCAUGUUCAUUGUGGUCCUGAUCCAGCUCUGCCGAAUUAAAAAGAAGAAACAACUGGGGGCCCAGCGGAAAACCAGUAUUCAAGACCUCAGGAGUGUUGCUGGCCUUACGUUUUUGCUGGGAAUUACUUGGGGCUUUGCCUUCUUUGCUUGGGGACCAGUUAACGUCGCAUUUAUGUACCUCUUUGCCAUCUUUAAUACCUUACAAGGAUUUUUCAUAUUCAUCUUUUACGGUGUUGCAAAAGAGAAUGUCAGGAAGCAAUGGAGACGAUAUCUUUGUUGUGGAAAGUUGCGGCUGGCUGAAAAUUCUGACUGGAGUAAAACUGCUACUAAUGGUUUAAAGAAGCAGACUGUAAACCAAGGAGUGUCCAGUUCUUCAAAUUCCUUACAGUCAAACAGUAACUCCACUAACUCCACCACACUGCUAGUGAAUAAUGAUUGCUCAGUGCACGUAGACGGGAAUGGGAAUGCUUCUACAGAGAAAAAUGGUGUUUCUUUCAGUGUCCAGAAUGGAGAUGUGUGCCUUCAUGACUUCUCUGGAAAACAGCAUGUGUUUAAUGAAAAAGAGGACCUGUGCAACGGGAAAAGCCGUAUCGCACUCAGAAGGACUUCAAAACGGGGAAGCUUACACUUUAUUGAGCAAAUGUGA